GUGAGGUGAUUUUAGACCCUGCCACGGCCCAGAGGAACCUGGUUGUGUCCGAAGACGGCCGCCAGGUGAGAUACGAAGAGCGUAAGACCUCCCACAGCGAGGGUCCCAAGCGCUUCAGCCCCGCCCUCUUCGUCCUGGGUCGAGAAGGCCUCACCUCCGGGCGCCACUACUGGGAGGUGGACAUGGGGCACAAGACGGCCUGGACGCUCGGCAUGGCUGGCACCUCGGCCCGACGCAAGGGGGAGAUCAAGCUGAGUCCCGAGGGGGGGUUCUGGUGCCUGUGGCUGAAGAACGGGGAGGUGAAGGCUUUGGCUUCGUCCCGCCUCCCUCUGCUGCUGCCGUCCCAGCCCAGUAAGGUGGGAAUCUUCCUGGAUUACGAAGGGGGCCAGAUUUGCUUCUACGACGUGAAGGCGCGUCUGCAUCUCUACACGUUCGUAGAUACCUUCAACGAGAGUCUGUACCCAAUCUUCAGCCCCUGCCUCACCCAGGAGGGGAAGAACUCUGCGCCUCUCAUGAUAAGCUCUGUUAAACACACCUGAGAUCAAUUCAACAGGUUAAGUGCCCAUACUUUUUAUCUAAUCUAAUCAGAUCAUUUUGCCAUUUAUUUGGUCUUUGAACAUCAUUUGUCUUCUUCUUAACAAGCCAACCCUAAAACAGUUGUACUGUCAUCUUAAUAACAAAGCCUCAAAGCAAGACAUUUUUCAUGUCAAAACUACCCAGUACAACAUGUUCUCAUAGUAUGUGCACGUUAUUGCAUUAGUUUAAGCUAUAUCAGGCUCAAUACAGAUAUUUUAAGGGACAAUGACUAACAGAGUGACUGUUUCAAAGUAAUACAACCAAAGCAUUGUGAAUGUUUGGUGUGUUUGGAUCCCGGGAAACCAAAAUGUAAGAGAUGUAUUUACAAUUUGGUUAUUUAAAAGUUACAAAUUGUUGCCUCAUCCUGUAUACCUUUAUCUUAAAGUGGACCUAUUAUGCUAUAUUUGAAACAUAUAUUGUAGGGCCAUACCUAUGCAAAACAUGUCUGUGAAGUUUUUUGCUUAAAAUACCAAACAGAUCACCCGUUGUAGCCAUGCCUCAUACUGCUCAUACCCCUCUAUUCCAGCCCUGUUCCAAAAGGGCUGAUUCUGCUUUAAAUGGAACGGCUGCUGCUAGCUACGUCCCUUUGUAGCGUCACGCAGCUUUCCCCUGCUAAGAGUUUUCUACCGGGAGAAACUCAGCUAAACGCUGCAGUGAUUAAAUGCCAUAUUAUGCUCCCAACCACUUGAAGCAUUAUUUCUGAAACAGUAUGGAGCUCAAACGUUUCUCUCUCGCAGGGUUUACCGCAAGGACAUCAUGUUACACAUAUUCUCUCCAGUGGCCUACAGCGUUAGCGUUAGCAUGCUUGCUAAUUUAAACAGAAGAUAUUACUCCCAAAACACGCCGCGCAUUGUUUCUGAUACAGCACAUAGCUUGACAUGUUCUUUCUUAAGGGUUUACCGCUAGAACAGGGCCAUUAUAUGUAUUAUAUAUAACAACUUUACUCUAAGUGCCUCCUGCAGACAUCCUGCUGAAUACACAGACACACAGCUGCGAGAGGGGAUUCAGCUAGACGACCGUAUACGGAGACGAUAGGUUGGGACGUGUCAUGUGUGCCGGAGACGAUAGGUUGGGACAUGUCACGUGUGCCGGACGUCGCCAAUGACGUAAUAGGAGCCAAAAUCCUGGAUCUGCUUGUUUGCAGAUUUUUUUUGCACAUACUGAAACUGUAGGACUCUGUAUGACAAUGGUUGUUUUUAAACAUGUUCCGAAAUUGAAACCGUUCUGUAUUUUGAUAUCAAAUGUCUGCUUUUGUACCCUUUUUCCUAACUUUCUAAUAAAGAUGAUCAAUCACAAAUAA